AGGUGCGCGUGCGCAGUGUGCGUCUGCGAAACCGAGGUAGCCGGACCCGAGCGGAGACACUGGUGUCCACGGGUGGAGUAACCCCGGGAGUGUGAGAGGAGUCUGGAGACCUCCGGGCGGCGACGGGCCCACGUUCAACUGCGGCCAGGGCAGUCGUCGGAGGCCUGGCGCGGCAUGCCCUGGGUGCCGCGCUGCGGGCGGUGAACGCGCGGCGAGCGGGAUGGGCCGGCGCCGGGCACCGGAGCUGUACCGGGCCCCGUUCCCGUUGUACGCACUUCAGGUGGACGCCGGCGCGGGCCUGCUCAUCGCCGCGGGCGGAGGAGGCGCCGCCAAGACAGGCAUAAAGAAUGGCGUGCACUUCCUGCAGCUGGAGCGGAUUAACGGGCACCUGAGUGCCUCCUUGCUACACUCCCAUGACACUCAGACACGGGCCACCAUGAACUUGGCCCUGGCCGGUAACAUCCUGGCCGCCGGGCAGGAUGCCCACUGUCAGCUCCUGCGCUUCCAGGCCCAACGGCCGCAGAGCAACAGCAAGGCGGAGAAGGCAGGUCCCAAGGAGCAUGGGCCUCGGCAAAGGAAAGGGGCCGCCCCCGCAGAGAAGAAACCCAGAGCAGAAACCCAGCGCGAGGGGGUAGAGCUGCGGGUGGAGAACCUGCAGGCGGUGCAGACGGAUUUCGGCCCCGAUCCGCUGCAGAAAGCUGUGUGCUUCAGCCACGAUCAUACCCUGCUGGCCACUGGAGGGACGGACGGCUGCGUUCGCGUCUGGAAGGUGCCCAGCCUGGAGAAAACCGAGGAGUUCAAAGCCCACGAAGGAGAGAUUGAAGACCUGACUCUAGGGCCGGAUGGCAAGCUGGUAACAGUGGGCUGGGACUUCAAGGCCUGUGUGUGGCAGAAGAAUCAGCUGGUGACACAGCUGCACUGGCAAGAGAACGGACCCACCUCAUCUAACACGCCCUACCGCUACCAGGCCUGCAGGUUUGGGCGGGUCCCAGACCAGCCUGCUGGGCUGCGACUAUUCACAGUACAGAUUCCGCACAAGCGCCUGCGCCAGCCCCCGCCCUGCUACCUCACAGCCUGGGAUGGCUCCACCUUCUUGCCCCUGCGCACCAGGUCCUGUGGCCACGAAGUCGUCUCCUGCCUCAGCGUCAGUGAAUCGGGCACCUUCCUGGGCCUGGGCACGGUCACUGGCUCUGUGGCCAUCUACAUAGCUUUCUCCCUCCAGCGCCUCUACUACGUGAGGGAGGCUCACGGCAUUGUGGUGACGGACGUGGCCUUUCUGCCCGAGAGGGGUCGCGGUCCAGAGCUGCUCGGGUCUCACGAAACCGCCCUGUUCUCCGUGGCUGUGGACAGUCGUUGCCAGCUGCACCUGCUGCCCUCACGGCGGAGCGUUCCUGUGUGGCUGCUGCUCCUGCUGUGUGUUGGACUCAUUGUGGUGACCAUCCUGCUGCUCCAGAGUGCCUUUCCGGGUUUUCUUUAACCUCCCUGCCUCUGGGGACCAGGGGCCUGGACACUGCCACCUUCCUGAGCAGAGUGGAGGCCUGGGCCCCACUGCUCACCCCACUGGGUCAGCAACUGAGGCGCCUCCCGGGAGACUCUGGAGAGCUGCCCGCCUGUCCCCGCUAGGCCUGGCUGUGACCCUGGGCCACUCCGGGUCCAGGGAGCCACGCACUGGCCGCCUGUGGGUCACCAGGACGCGAUGUCCGACUGUCAGGUCGCGCUGUGUGCCUCGUGCCCUCAGCCUGCCAGAGGCUCCAGAGUCGAGCUUGUCCCUGCUCCAGAAACACAGGGAGAAGCCCGAGGGCCUGGGGCGCUGCCGUCCUUUGUGCCUGAGCAGUUUCCCUUCCUCCCCGGGGCCUCGUGGCCGGAUGCCCUUCUCCUAGAGCCCCAGGCAUUUGCUGGGGGGAGGGGGGACUGGCCUGGUUCUUCUGCUGUUAGCGCAGGAAGGGUGAAAGAAGGCUCGGGCGGUGCCGCGGGGUUCAGGUGGGCAGCACCGGGGCACUGGGCUAAAUGGGCAGCAAGUCCCUGCGUGGACUGCCCUGAGGGCAGGGAAGAUGAACCUUGAUCACUCGGCAGGAAAGUUGACGUUUAAUAAAAAGGGAAGACUGAACUGAGCCCGAA